AUGGAUUCGCGCUCUGUUUGCCUUCAUGUCGACAUCACACAGGUGAAGAAUCAUGUCGACAAGGUGAAGACCAAGCUGGCGCAGUACUACGUCGAGCCCGGCGCAUCCAACGGGCCGAACACCUCCCGCCUGAACAAGUUCCUUGCUACACACAAAAGCAAGGACAAGCGCAAGAUGCAGCUCAAGGGAGUGGAUGAGAACGGCAAGCCUGCAACAGCCGAGAUCGAGCUUCACGAGGACAUCAUCGACCUUAAGAACCCAGGGGGGGGAUGCGACUUGGAGGCCUGCGCGGACCUGGCGAGGCGUUUCGCUCAGCGCCUCAUUAAGGCGCUGGGGAAGAGGAUGGCGGACCUGCGCCAUUUUGAUGGUGUUGGUUUCUUCACCCCUGAUAAGUAUCCCCCCCGUGCAGGAGAGCAGGACGCGUGGGUGAAGCUCCAUCUCAACGAGCUCCUUGACAUGUUCAAGAACAAGCUACCUGGUAAGUCGCGAGGCCUGUUGUAG